CUGACCUUACGCACACAUGUCCACGCGUGCACACACACGCUGCAUCGAGGAGAAAUCGUCAGUUUUUCAUCGCAGGCAUAAAAGAGUGCAGGAUCAAAGAGCGCAGGUCUCUCAGAGUUGACCGUGUCGACCGCGAACCAAGAAAACGGACUCCCCGAGGGUGGGUAGGCGGGCGGUUGUCGAGUAAGGUGGAAACGCAGGGAGUCACGCGAAGCAACCCCCGUGAAACGCCGAGGUGGUUCGAGGAACUCGUACGUGGCGGAUCAGUCAGCAGUCUGCAGGAUGAGGCGCGCGACGUGGCUGCUUUUUGCGUCGAGCUUACUUCUUGUCCGGAGGACCCUCGUUAUCCGCGCUCAGAGGACGUACGCGCGACAGGGUGUCAACCGUGAGGCCCCGACCGUUAAGAUACCGGGUCAAGGAACCGUCUUUGGCAAGGAGGUAAGCCUUGGUGCGCAAAGAGUGACGCAAUAUCUCGGUAUUCCUUAUGCACAACCUCCCAUUGGUGAUCUCCGCUUCGCACGACCGGUGACAAAUCCUCUUCCCUCCUGGAGCGACGUGAGAAAUGCGACGCAAUUCGCGCCGUCGUGUCAGCAGGUCUCGGGCCGGCUCAAGCUACACGAGGAGCACUACAAAAGGCUUCUACCUUUGGAUAUACCUAAUCCAGGAUUCAGCGAGGAUUGUCUCUUUCUGAACAUUUUCGUUCCUGACGGUAACCGUCCAGACGAGCGGUGGCCGGUGAUGGUGUGGUUUCACGGUGGUGAUUUUAACACUGGAACUCCAGCAAUUUGGGACGCCUCGAUAUUCGUUAUCAAACAGAAGGUGCUGGUGGUGACGGUGGCGUAUCGAUUAAACAUCCUGGGAUUCUUCACGACAACGGACACCGAGGCGGCCGGCAAUUACGGUAUGUUCGAUCAGAUCGCUGCUCUUGACUGGAUAAAGCAAAACAUCAAACACUUCAACGGCGCGCCUGGGAACAUCGUCAUCUACGGCCACAAUUCCGGCGCUAUAAGCGUGGGUCUGCACAUGCUGAGUCCGCUCAGUCGCGGCAAGUUCAACAAGGCGAUCGCCAUGAGCGGUGACGCCAUUGGCUCCGUUGGUUCGCCGGAAACGGAACUGCCGGUUGUGGAUCUCAUAGCUGACAAGUUCGGCUGCUACCGACGGCCAACCAGCGCGCUGAUGGAAUGCCUGCGUCGGCUUCCGGCUGAUUUUCUAGUCAAGCACUCCUCCGACAUUGAGACCUGGGGCCCAAUCGUCGAUGCCCAGAUGAACAAUGAGACGGAACCCUUUCUCUCGCAGCCUCCGAGAGACAUCUUGGAAAGCGGUAACUUCAAUGCAGUACCGCUGAUCGCCGGUUACACAAACAACGAGCAAGUUCUGGCAUACAUAGAAAUCGUUGGCAAGAAGAGCAACAGCGAACUCUCCCCGGAGAGCUUCGAGACGAUGAUCAUGGAGGAAUUCUCGUCGGUGGUGCCGAUCCCAAACGAGAACAGCACUUGCGAGUCGAAGCCCGAGAUGGUGACGAACGCGGUGCUGUUUUACUACAAACCAUACCCGCCCACGACGAACGCGACGAUAUUUCGCGAUAAGUAUCUGAACCUGAAAACGGAGAAGAACUUCGCGGCCGGCCUGACAUUGCUGGCCAGCAGAGUGGCGAAUCGCAGAUCGGCCACGGCUUUCGUCUACCGGUUCGAUUACCGUCCGAAAUCGACGGCGGUCUUAAAGGACGUACCGGAGUGGGCGGGUGCGCCGCACAUGUCUGAACUUCCGUACGUCUGGGGCCUGCCGUACGUGCCGGGCGGCGCGGUACAGUGGCAGAAUUACGACAAGAAGACGUCCGACACUAUGAUGGGCGCGCUGGCGACAUUCGCUCGGACCGGCGAUCCGUCCUACGGCAACCAAGUUAAGUGGGAACCGUUCACGCAGCAGUAUCCACGGAUCCUGAUCAUCGAGCAGAAGACCAUCGCCAUGAACCAGCCGGACGCGGUGGACUACAAGGCGCUCGCCUUCUGGAACGAGUACUAUCCGCAGAUCGUGGAGGAAGCGUCGAACAAUUGUUGCAACAUCACCAGCGCAGCUGGUUCGACAUGGAGGACACUCUCCCGCGGCGCGUGCCUCAGCGGCGUGGUGGCCACCGUGACGUUACACCACUUUUGGUUCUAGCCACGUAAAAAAAAAAACGUGAGAUACUCAAUUGAAAUGCGUUGUUGUUGCGCGCUGUAUGUUAUAUUUUUUUAAUAGAUCAAAUACUGUCACAAAAAAAAGAAGGCGUUACGGUGUCAUGAGAUUUUUCAAUUUUAUAACAAGAUUACCUUCUUCUCUCUCUCGCUGUACACUAGUCUCUGAAAGUAAACGCAAUAACAAUCUUGUUAUACUCUAUGCGAAUAUAGAUUCCGCAUAUGCGAUAUAAUAUAGGUACGUGUUUUAAUGACGUUGUAAAUGUAUUUAACUUUAAGAUUUCCUUCGUACUCGUACAGAUUUCUAUUGCGCGCGCGGUAGUUGUAUCAAAUUUUUCUACAUUCGCAUUCGAUAUCUCAAUUACAUUGUGUAUAUCACAAAGUUAUAGUUUUAUUCCGUAUCUCUUGUUAUCUUACAUGUUACUCGAUAUGGGUUAUAUACGAAAUAACGAGAAUUACCCAAAAAUUGCCUAUGAACUAAUCACGCGGGCGGCGGAACAUGAUUUACAAAACAAAACAACGAGAACGAACGAACGAACGAAGGGGGCUCGGAGACGAAAACUAAAAAUCCAGGUUGCGUUACAAGAGUAGGAAACUUGUGCCCUUAACAUUCACUGAUCUUUUUUAUUGUUUGCCUUAAUACGGAGAGAUAUAGAAAAACAUACUUUGUUUGAUGAAACAAACAGUUUGAUAACUUAUGAAUAUUUUGAUGAUUCGAUAAUAAUUAAUUAAUUAAUAUUAAUAAUAAUAAUAGCAAUAAUCAUGUUCAUGUACCAUCUAUGUAUAAUUAUUAUCUUAUAUAAGAGAGAGAGAGAGAGAGAGAGAGGUGCGCGGCGAGCAAUGCAUCUGGGGGCUGGUGGCCUGCGCACACGCACGUUUAAACACAUUUCUUUCGUAUCUCCUUCUCUUUCUCCCGUAAAUAUAUAAUAUUAGUUAA